CCGGAUGCUCCCAGACAGAAAAUGGCGGAUAUUGAGGAGUUACGGGUAGGCGAAAGUGAUAUGAGAGCUGGCCGCUGCCUUGCACUUGUCGGAGUUUUUAAAAAAAAGUUUUUAUGCUAGGCUUUAGAUGUUAUCGUUUUAUUUCUUUAAAAAAACAAACAAGCAUGUCGUUUUGCAUCGUUUUGUAGUUUAAACAGCGUCAUGUUUUCUCCCAGUCGUAGGCCAGAGAGUCGACACUCUGAAGCCCGGACCUGUUCUAAUCUGCUAGCACUAGCCGUCUAGCCUGCUAGCUUCCAGCUGCUUCGCUAGCUAUCAAGAAUAUGAUAUCAGGUUUCCGCGUCUCGGAGCUCCAGGUACUGCUAGGUUUCGCUGGAAGGAACAAGAGUGGUCGCAAGAAUGAACUUCUGCUGAGGGCUUUGUAUUUGCUGAAGAGUGACUGUAGCCCUGCCGUGAGCCUCAAAAUCAAAGACCUCUAUCGCCGGAGAUACCCGAGGACAUUAGACACGCUGGCAGAAUUGUCUUCUCUAAAGUCAAGCAUAAAGUCGUACCUAGAGUCUGAAGAAAGAUCUACACUUGAGAGUCUGGACUUUUGUCUUAGUGCAAGUCCAUCAGACUCUGUUCAUCAGCACCUGGUACCUUUUGAAUCAACUGUGUUUCAUGACUCAAAGCCAAGAAUGAACAUGCAGCAGCCAACACCGCUCAUGCCUCCCGUCCACCCGGACGUCCAGAUGAAGUCCCUUCCGUUUUAUGACGUGUUGGAUGUUUUGAUCAAACCGUCAAGUUUAGGGGCAAGUACUAUUCAAAGAUUUCAUCAAGAAAAAUACUUUAUCUUUGCCUUGACCCCACAGCAAGUGCGAGAAGUUUGCAUUUCACGGGAUUUUCUUCCUGGUGGCAGAAGAGAUUAUAUGGUUCAAAUACAACUCCGGUUCUGCCUUUCAGAGACCAGCUGCCCCCAAGAGGACAACUAUCCCAAUAGUCUUUGCAUCAAAGUCAAUGGGAAGCUUUUUCCUCUCCCAGGCUAUGCACCACCUCCUAAGAAUGGUGUAGAGCAGAAGAGACCAGGCAGACCCUUGAACAUCACCUCUCUCGUCAGAUUAUCUUCUGCUGUUCCCAAUCAGAUAUCGAUCACGUGGGCACCUGAAAUCGGAAAAACAUACUCCAUGUCCGUGUAUUUGGUACGGCAGCUGACAUCACCGCUGUUACUACAGAGAUUAAGAAUGAAAGGAAUCAGAAACCCUGACCACUCAAGAGCACUCAUAAAAGAAAAGCUUACAGCAGACCCUGACAGUGAAAUAGCCACAACCAGCUUGCGAGUCUCACUUAUGUGCCCACUUGGGAAAAUGCGGCUAACGGUGCCCUGUCGAGCAGUGACAUGCUCUCACCUCCAGUGCUUCGAUGCUGCAUUAUACCUACAGAUGAAUGAGAAGAAGCCCACCUGGAUCUGCCCUGUGUGUGACAAGAAAGCUGCAUAUGAGAGUUUGAUCAUAGAUGGGCUUUUUAUGGAAAUAUUGAAUGACUGCACAGAUGUGGAUGAAAUCAAGUUUCAAGAGGAUGGAACAUGGUGCCCCAUGAGACCGAAGAAGGAGACAUUGAAAGUGUCAUCUCCAUGUUCACCCAAAAUUGAGUGCACUGCCCCUGUGCGUCAGAGUGCAGUUGUUCCCCACUCAGAACCCAGCAGUACGAAAAAGGCUGAUGUGAUUGACCUGACACUUGAAAGCUCAUCGGAUGAAGAAGCAGAGCCGGACCCUCCAGUGAAAAAGCGCUGUCUUUACAUGUCCAAAUCUGAGGAUAUACAUAGUAGCAAAGGUGUUUUGACCUAUCAGCCAUCAACGGUUCGGGUGCCGAAUGUCCAACCGCUGGACACUUCAUACUUGACUUCCUCCAUUGCAGACUAUGCAGUUCCAUUCCACCAUACAGCACUGUCCACAAUUCCCACAGAUAUUCAAGGUCUUGACUUAUUUUCAUUACUUCAAGCAGAUUCUCAGCAUUACCGGACCCCUGUGUUCUUGGAGAAUUUGUCGAGCAGCAUUCAGACUAGCGCCAGUAGCUCUAGCCUUAUGGCUUCAUCUGUCCAGUAUGAUUCAACGUCGCAUCGAGGAAGCUCCAGCCAUGAAACGGGGGUUAUCACAGGAGGUUCCUCGACUCUUUCAGACAUUAUCUCACUUGAUUAAGUCCUAAUUUCAAUCUACCAAGUCAUCAGACAAACUGCCACGGAUUUUGCUUCAGAAAAAAAACUCAGACAUUAAUUGCAGUUUAAUAUUAUUUACUAAUAUAGUAGAUGAUAUGCACACGAAUGACGAGGUUGGUUGCAGCUAUUGGUUUUCCUUUUCUGAGCAAUUCAUUCAACCAUGAGUGAAACUUAUUGCCUUCUUGCCUGGGAGAACUCAAGAGACAAAGCAUUAAGCGGAGGCACUAGGAACUUUAGACACAUUGUGACUCGUGGACCUGCGUGCAUUUGUAUGUGAAACUUUUUGUUGUUUUUUUUUUUUUACUAUUUAAACCACAUAUUUUUGAAUAAUCACCUCAAAACCUCAACAAUGACCUUAUAUUUGAAAAAACAUCAGGAGUGUACAUAAUUUGUUUUGUAUCGAGUGGCAUAACAUCAAUUUCUGUCUAAACAAUACCCGUUUUAUUGCAUAUUGUUUGGGUCACAAUAUUUUGCUGCAGUUCGUAGCUGCAUUUUUAGAUCCAUUUCAUUUGGGCCAUAAUCAAGCCAUGAUGCAAUGACAUCUUUUUAUAUGGGUUUUUUUUUCAUUCUCCUCUUUAACAUUUGCAUAAAAAAAAAAAAAAGGUGCUGCAGAUGCUGGUUUCACAGCCAUGCUUAAACCUGAAAUUCAGCCUAGUGAAAACAGGCUCAUGGAUCACGGAGGUACACUAUGAAACUGGCUUUCUGGUUGGUUAAACUCUGACAUUUCCCAUCAAAUUUCAAAUUGUUGUCCAACUUGGUGUUGUUGAUUUCAGAUUUUCUGAAUCCUUAUUUCAUUAAGAUGUUUUGGGCUUGUUCUGAGGUGUACCCCAACAUUAAAGGGCUAACAGCCCAGGACUCGAUUAAAAGAGCAGUUUAUGGCACCAGCUCUAAUGUAGUAGCCUGUUGUGGUUUUGUGUGCCACUUUUAAUUCACUUGGAUUUUAAUAUAUAAUUCAAUUUUUUAUAAUAGUUACCUGUCACUUUCAUAGAGAAUAAGAACAACUAUUGUCAGAUCCCAUAUCUUCUAACGAAUGAAAUUAUGUAUGCUUUCAACUAUGAAAUAAAGCACAUGAUCACUUUUUUCCAGGGCACAGCAUUGUGGCUUGACCAAAAUGCUAAACUUUAGUCAAUGAAGCGAUAAAGGUGCCAAUUUUAACAUAAGGAAAGGGGCAAAAAUUUUUUAAUAGUGCAUCUGUUUUAUGAAAGAUAUUUUACACGAUUAAAUGUUUCACUCGUUGAUUUGUAGCUUUGAAAAACUUGAGCACACUGAACUUGCUUGUAUGUGCUGUAGAUGUGGAUCUCCACCAAAACAUCAAAUGUAACAUUUCACUGCCUUCAAACAGUCGGGAUUUUUUUUUCUCUCCUACAUAAUACAGAGACCUGUAAAAAUAUGGUCACCAGUGAAUCACCAAACUGUAAAAUCUCAUAUAAACUGUACAAUAAGCACAACUGUAGCAAGUUAUUUUCUUGCUUGGGUUCAUGUGUUUAAUAUUUUCUUCCCUUUUAAAUGCCAAUAAGCUUCUGAGUAUAAGGCAGUUCCAUCUUUGCUAUUUUCCAUCAUAAUUCUCGCAGAUCAAGAAUUUGAAUCUUAGUCCAGUGGAUUUAAAAGCAGUGAAUCUACUAGAAAACGUGGGAAAAUGCCACUUGAACAUCUCAACUAAUAAAUCUUAGUUUAGAAUAAAAGACCUUAUUAUAGAAAUUUAUAGGUUUAUCAAUUAAUCUUCAGUUUACUGCUGUCCAAAACAACAUUCUGCCCUGUAAGCCAUAUAUUAAUUUUUACAGUUUCAUUUAAAGGUUUAGCUUUGCUAUCACAGGCUUUUUUUUAUUUAACAUUUUUGGUACUUUAUUCACAUUUGUUCCAGAUUUGCGCCUUUGUAAUUAUUUAAAUGAUUGCUUACAUCGUUAUUGUAUUAGACAUUAUAGUAACUGAUACUAUUACUUGUGAAACAAGUCUUGUAAAUCUUGGAUGGUGUGGCUUAAGAGGAACAGAUGGGUGAAAAUCCAUAUAGUUAUUUAUAUGUAUUGAUUUCAAAUGAUUGUACUCCAAAUGCUUAUUUUGGACCCAAAUUGUGCCAUUUAAACAUAUGCAGCAAAAAGGCAGUAAAUGAUGUCUAUGAUGUCUAUCUGAA